UCAAAAGGUUGCCCAAAAGGAUUCUUUGGGAAGGACUGUAACAAACCAUGCAACUGUGCCAACAACAGCUAUUGCCACAGACUCUAUGGAGCCUGCCUGUGUGACCCUGGGCUCUACGGGCGCUUCUGCCAUCUCACCUGUCCCAGGUGGGCUUUUGGAGCUGGCUGCUCGGAGGAGUGUCAGUGUGUGAAAGAGAACACGCUGGAAUGCAACACCAGGAAUGGGACGUGCACCUGCAAGCCUGGUUAUCAUGGCAAAAAGUGUCAGAAAGAGUGCACGCCUGGCUUUUAUGGGGCUGGCUGUAAACUGAGGUGCAACUGUCCUGCUGAUGUUUCAUGUGAUCAUGAGACAGGAGCCUGUAAACAUCCAUGUCCAGCUGGGUUUCAUGGAGAAAAAUGCCAUUUAUAUUGCCCGCCCAGCCAGUGGGGACCAGACUGCCAGUCCUCCUGUGAGCCCUGUGCCAACGGAGGCCAGUGCAACAGAGAAACGGGAGCCUGCGACUGUCCUCCUGGCUACAGCGGGGCAUCCUGCUCUGCAUCUUGCCCCGAUGGUUACUAUGGACAAAACUGCCUGCUGUCAUGCAGCUGUAGCAGCAGUGAUCAGUGUCACCACAUCACUGGAGAGUGCAGAUGUCCCCCCGGCUGGACUGGCCAUGACUGCAGACACCCCUGCAGUGGUGGCCGCUGGGGCCCGGGCUGUGAAAACACUUGUGACUGCAGGAACAGCGACGGGAGCUGCGAUCCCGUCACCGGCUCCUGCUUCUGCGAGCCAGGCUUCACUGGGCAACGCUGUGAAUGGAGAUGCCCCAAGGGAAGCUUUGGCCCGAGCUGUGAGGGCAGCUGCCAGUGCCAGAAUGGAGCUGCCUGUGACCACGUCAGCGGAGCCUGUACCUGCACGGCGGGCUGGACAGGAACCUUCUGUGGAAGAG